AUGAAGACGCUUUUCGUAUUACUUGUAUUGGUUUCUUCUACAUCGGCCUAUAUCGAAGAGAGUGCUUUAGCUGCUUUGCAAACUGUUGAUCAUUGGAAUAUAUUUCGCAUUAUCAUAUCAGACAAUACGGAAGAAUGCUUUUAUCUCCCAGUCAAAUUGAAUGAUACAAUUCAUGUCAUUUAUCAAGUACUUAAAGGUGGCAAUUCUGUUAUGCGAGCGAUAAUAACUGAUCCGUUAAACACUAUAAUAUAUUCUCAACCUAAUCAUCAGUUCGGUUGGUACAAUCAAGACUAUGUAGUAAUUCCAGGUGUUUAUCGAAUGUGUUUCAAAAAUGAAGAAUAUUUUGCAGCCAAAACUCUUUAUUUAGCUGUUCUUGCAGUUCAUCAAGAUUUUAUUAGCGAAGCUAGUGUAGACGUAGCUGAUGAAAAAAAAGCGAAUGCAACUUCUUUCUUAGACGAAUUUUCCACGAGUGUUAUGAGUUCACUAAAUAAUAUUUCAGGUAGACUCUAUCGUCUUUCUGCUUACCAAACAGUAGCACGAGUCCAACAUCUACAUGAUAUGUACGCAGUCGAAGCGAAUGCAAGUUAUGUUCAAUAUUGGGCUAUAUGGCAAAUCAUAACAAUGAUUGUAUGUUCAGCAACUCAAGUUUAUAGCAUACGACGAUUAUUUAAAUAA